AUGGCGCUGGUGAUGGAGCCGGUGAGCAAAUGGAGCACAAGCCAGGUGGUGGACUGGAUGAAAGGUCUGGACGACUGCUUGCAGCAGUAUGUAUGUGUGUUUGAGCGCGGAGGUGUGUGUGGAGAACGGCUGCUGAGGAUUAGCCACGCUGAGCUGGAGGAGCUGGGAGUUUCUCGCAUCGGACACCAAGAGCUCAUACUGGAGGCAGUCGACUUACUCUGUGCUCUGAACUCAGGUCUGGAGACGGAGAGCGUGAGGACUCUGGCUCACAAACUCGGCGCCUCAGCCAAAAAUCUGCAGAAUUUCAUUUCCGGCCGGCGCCGCAGCAGCCAAUCAGAGAGCAGAAGCUCGCGGCGGCUCCCCAAUGAUCUGCUUACCUCCGUGGUCGACCUCAUCACCGCCGCCAAGAGCCUGCUAGCCUGGCUGGACAGGUCUCCCUUUGCUGCUGUGGCAGACUACUCAGUAACCCGAAAUAAUGUCAUUCAACUCUGCCUGGAGCUCACCACUAUUGUACAGCAGGACUGUACGGUGUUUGAGACGGAGAACAAAAUCCUUCAUGUGUGCAAGACUCUGUCGGAGGUGUGUGAGCACAUUGUGUGUGUGUCAUCAGACCCACUGGUUUCUCAAUCAGCCCACCUCGAGCUGGUUCACCUCACCAACAUCAAAACCUCUGAAGGACUGGGAAUGUACAUAAAGUCAACCUAUGAUGGCCUCCAUGUGAUCACUGGAACUACUGAAGGGUCUCCAGCUGACCGCUGUAAGAAGAUCCAUGCGGGAGAUGAAGUCAUUCAAGUUAAUCACCAGACUGUGGUGGGAUGGCAGUUACGUAACCUGGUCGGUUCGCUGAGGGCCGAUAAAGGCGUCGUGUCCCUGACCCUGAAGAAGCGUCCGCAGAGCACGCUCAGCUCCGCCCCGGCGCUGCUGAAGAACAUGCGCUGGAAACCCCUGGCUCUGCAGCCAACCAGAAGCCCAGGCAGCAGUUCGGCUACACCUUCAGGCACACCCACCAAGAGCUCCGCCCUACAGGACCUUUACAUCCCUCCUCCGCCCGCUGAGCCAUACACACCCAGAGACGAGACAGGAACCUUGUCUGGGGAUGAAGCAUCUCGUAACCAUGGUGGCGUCAAUGUUGCCAAGCGCUCUGAGUCACCAAAUUCCUUCCUGGAUCAAGAGUCUCACCGACGAGAUGAGGAGGAGCCUGUUUACUGCACCACGCCUACAUAUGGCAGGCUGAGGCCCAUCUCAAUGCCUGUGGACUGUAACUGGGUGGGCGACUAUGAGGACCCAGCCAAGCUGAACAGAGAAAGCCGCAGAGAAGCAUCACUUAUGCGUUAUGUCGGACUGAGCAGCGGGGAAGAGAGGACCAGCUCUGAAGAUUACUCCUCGCACACAGCUCGUCCAGGCAAACGGUCCAAUGACACGGCCAAACGUGCUAAAAGGCGGAGCCACCACAGCCAAAGCCCCUCCCACUACGUCCUCCAGGCAAAUCAGAGAGAUUCUCCACCGAGAGACCCAGCCUCCAUUUAUCACACAUACCAGCAGUCCUCCUCUCUGCAGUCAAAGAACAGGAAGAAGAAUAAAGGACGCAGUUUGGCCUCCCUGAGUCGGAGGCGUGUUUCCUGCAAGGCCCUGGGCAGAGGAGACUGUGAGGGCUGGUUGUGGAGAAAGAGAGAUGCCAAGGGUUACUUUUCUCAGAAGUGGAAGAAGUAUUGGUUUGUUCUGAAAGACAAUUGCCUCUACUGGUACAUUAACGAGGAGGAUGAGAAGGCAGAGGGCUUUGUCAGUCUUCCAGAGUUUAAGAUCGACCGGGCCAGUGAAUGUCGCAAGAAGUAUGCUUUCAAAGCGUGUCACCCCAAGGUCAAGAGUUUCUACUUUGCAGCAGAUGGAGUGGAUGACAUGAACAGAUGGCUGAGUCGUCUCAACAUGGCAGCUGUGGGCUACGCCGAACGAGAGAGGAUACGCCAGGAGCAGGAUUACUGGAGUGAGAGCGAACACGAGGAUGACGCCACCUCCAGCCCCAAACAGGACAGUCCCCCACCUCCAUAUGAUACCUACCCACGGCCUCCAUCAAUGAGCGCCUACUUGGAAGGCAGGACCACUCGAUUGUCCUCCACGGAGACAUCUCGUUCUCGCUCUUCCCAGGAAGACUUCCUCUGUGGAGAGCCCCCCACAGCAGCAGAGCCACAGUAUCACCCUGGUCCUCUAGGGGGAGGCACCACACACAGUGGCAGGAAGCCCGGGGGCAGCAACAGCAGUGAUGUGCAGUAUCGGUGUGAUACUGUAGAGUACCGUUCCAGUCCGGCAGGGGGCAGCAGUGAGACAGGGUCCCCGGGCCGCUCUUCCUCAUCGCAGAGACGUUCCUGGCAGGACUUGAUUGAAACUCCACUGACCGAGGCUGGACUGCACUACUUACAAACAGGACCAUUAGAGGACGCCGUCUUUGCCGAGCCUGGUCCCGGUGGUGGGACUAUGAUGGCCGGAGCUGUUUACACCCUUCCUGCGCAGAGAAAUGUCCCGUUGCCCGUGGCGAUGCAGAGGCUCAUUCCUAUGGCAACCCAGGGAGGGAAACCCCGCAGCUUCACACUGCCACGAGACAGCAACCUACACACACUCCUCAUACCCCCUGCAAAAGAAGAACAGCAAACACACAACGGCGGCAGUGAGGGGGCAUCCCUGGGCGACCUGUUUCGUGCGUGCGAGCAGGGGGGAGUGUGUCCUCUAGGACGCGCGUCGGAGGCCAGAGGUCAGUCAGAGUUCAGGCAGUCCUUCCUCAGACGGGCAGCCGACCCUCAGCUCAACGAGCGUCUGCACCGCCUCCGCAUACUGAGCUCCACACUGAAGGACAGGGAGGGGGAGCUAGCGCUGAUUGACAGGCUGUUGGCCAAUCCCCAGCUGUCCUCGGCAGAGUUCCAGGAGUGGAAGAGAGCCUAUCAGGAGCUGUUCUCUCAGGAGCCAAAUACGACCGCUGAAUCAGACCCCGGCCCGCCCCUGACCCCCUCGCUCUCUCACACACACUCCUACAUCGAGACCCAUGUCUGA